AUGGAGGACGUGGUCUGGCAGUCGCCAGAACAGCGUGCCGCACCGCUGUUGGCGCUGGGAUCGCGGCAGGCCGCGCUGGUCGCUCCGCGACCGAGCGGGGAGGGCGCGGGAGACGACGGGGCGUCGGCGGCCCGAGCAGCGCCAGGAGCCGAUGAGGACGGCCUGCCCGCGCCGGGGGGCGCCGCACGGGGUCGGCGAGGAGCGCGGAGGUGGUCGUGCCUGCGCAGGCUGCGGUGUUCGGCGGCGUGCUGCCGCUCGUGGGCUGUGCUUCUCUCGGGCUCGCUGGACAGGAGCGCUCUGCGGCUCGUCGGCCUGCGCCUCGACCCUGCGCCCGCCGAGGCGCGGCGGGAGGCGGCCCGUGGCAUCUGGCUGCCCGUCCUCUGCAUGGCCCUCCUCGGCACGACCGCGCUGGUCAUCCAGCUGUGGUGCCUUGUGGAGGGGUGGUACUUCCUCCUCGCGCGUGGGGUGGCGCCACCCUGCAGGCCGCUUUCCGCGUGGCUCUGGUUGUACUGCUUCACGCUGUGGCAAGCUACAGCUACUGCUCUAAGCUCCUCCCUUGCGGCCUUCGUUCUCUUCGUUGUGGGUUCCUCGUUCUGGAUAGGGUUUGUAAUGAUCCAGCGAGACAUGUCCAACGAAUGCCGCCACGCAGAGCCGACAUUCUGGUCAUUUGUCGACCAGGUGGCCCUGCUGGGCAUGGCGACUUGCAUUCUGCUUUUGGUGAAUUGCAGCGUGAUGAUCUGCCUGAUGCGCCGCGCGGCCACCAUCCGCGGCACCACGUUGCAGGCCGUCAUCGAGCGCGUGUUCGCGUCGCCGCGGCCGCGGGGCUGGGGCUCCAGCGGCGCCACGUCGCAGGCCGUCAUCGAGCGCGUGUUCGCGGCGCCGCGGCCGCGGGUGCACGUUGGCACCGAGUGCGGGAUCUGCCUGGAGGUCGCCGAGGACGCGGCCGAGUGGUGCGGCCUGUUCUGCGGGCACGCCUACCACGAGCGGUGCCUCCGGGAGUGGCUUGGGCGAGCACGGCGGUGCCCUUUGUGCAGGCUGGACCUGCAUGCCGCCUAUUUGCCCAGCGAGUCCGCCCCAAGCGACGACCAGGCGCGGGCGAACAUCUGA